GCAUGGUGACUGACAUCUGUUGCUCUGUGACUGUAUGUCCUCACUGACUUGUUAGCAUGGAUGCUUGUUAGCGGGUGAGUUUCUGGCCUGUGCUUGCGUCACAUGAACGCGCAUUCAAGUGUAACGCACAGCGCGCGUGCGCUCCUGUCCUGACAAAAGUGCUGAGAAACUCGGGUCAAUAUUUACAGACGCGGGUCAGUCAUUAACUGUGCUCGACUGCAGCUGCACACACUCACAGAGCAGCAGCGGUCACUGUGUCCACCUCACCAUGCUCAGCGUACAGAUGUGGAGACGCGCGAGGUCCCUGCUGAGCAGAGGCGCGUGGACACGAGUCCAGAGCGCCAGUACCGCAGCCAGACUGGACCUCAGCGGGAUCUUCCCGCCUAUCGCAACCCCGUUCACCGCCAGCGAGGACGUGGACUACCGCCGCCUGGAGGAGAACCUGCAGAAAUAUGCCAAGAUACCGUUUAAAGGUCUGGUGGUGCAGGGCUCCAAUGGCGAGUAUCCGUACCUGACAGAGGAGGAGCGUGUGGAGGUGGUAAAGGCGGUCAGGAGCUCGCUGCAGCCACAGAAACUACUGAUGGCUGGAUCAGGCUGUGAAUCCACUAAAGCCACACUGCAGCUCACAGAGAAGAUGGCUGCAGUCGGGGCCGAUGUCGUCCUCGUGGUGACUCCCUGUUUCUAUAAGGGCAAAAUGGACAGCCAAGCACUCAUCCAGCACUUUACCAAGGUGGCAGACAGUAGCCCAGUGCCUGUGGUGCUCUACAGUGUGCCUGCCAACACAGGACUGGAGCUGCCAGUGGAUGCUGUUGUUCAGCUCUCUCAGCACCCAAACAUCGCAGGCCUAAAGGACAGUGGAGGAGAUAUCACACGGAUCGGCCUGAUUGUUCACAAAACCAAAGGACAGGAUUUCCAGCUGUUGGCGGGCUCAGCAGGGUUUCUCAUGGCUGCAUAUUCUGUUGGUGCAGUUGGCGGAGUGUGUGCUCUGGCUAACGUCCUGGGCCAGGAGCUGUGUGAGUUGGAGCGCCUGUGUGUGUCAGGUCGCUGGGAGGAAGCCAGAGUUCUGCAGCAACGUCUCAUCGAGCCCAACGCCGCCGUAACCAGGAAGUUGGGAGUCCCUGCCCUCAAGCAGGCGAUGGAGUGGUUUGGCUUCCAUGGUGGCGCGUGUCGAUCACCUCUUCAGCCGCUCACAGAAGCUGAAACCCAGCAGCUGAGACGGGACUUCACCUCCAACGGCUGGCUGUGAGGGGACUGACCCGGUGACAUUGGACCAAGGAGGGAAAAUAAAGUCCGAAUCAUACACCAUCAAUGACCAGUUCUGAUUCUUGUCACUCAACAACACUUAAUAUGAAAUCAAAAAGUUGUCUGAUACGAAAGAAAUCGUAUAAUAUCAUAUAAAUGGUUCACCACCAGCAUCAUGUGACUAGGAUGUAAAGAAUGGAUGCACAUGUCUUCCACAAUGUGGUGAUCAUGUGUGUACUUAUUCUUAAAUAAAAGAAUAAAACAGCAAAA